AUGACCACAACAUCAUCAGACGGCCUCUACCUCGAUCCCGAUCAACAGGAUCUCCUGCUUCGCGCCCUUCAAUCAAACUCUGACUCACGCUUGUUCACAAGUCCUUCUGUUAACCAGGUCACCCAGCCCCUAAAGCACAAUUCACAAAACAGUACCCCAGAUUCAAUGGGCUCACAAUAUGGAAAUGGCACUCCGCCACCAACAGCUGCCCUAAACGGUAGCUUUGCAGAUGGCACCCCACUGAUGGGUGGGGACCUAGAUUAUCCUGAUUGGGACGCUGAUGGGCCUUGGGACUUCGAAACAGGUCUUGAUGGCGUGGAUAACAGUAUGAACGGAACUUCUUAUUCGGAUACCCCAGGCUCCAUGUCACAGGACAAUGACAAAAGGAAAAGCCCACCGUCAAAUGACGAUGGCAGCCCGAGCUCUGAUCCACACGAUGCAGAGCCAAAGAGGAGAGAAUCAGAUGGAACAACUGCCAAAAGGCCUGGACGCAAGCCUCUUACGUCAGAGCCUACGUCGAAACGCAAGGCGCAGAAUCGAGCCGCUCAAAGGGCUUUCCGGGAGCGUAAGGAGAAGCAUUUGAAGGAUCUCGAACAGAAAGUGACGGAUUUGGAGAAGGCAUCAGAGUCUGCAAACCAUGAGAAUAGCCUUCUUCGAGCUCAAGUGGAUAGACUACAGGUUGAAUUAAAGGAUUAUCGGCGACGAUUACAUCAAGCACAAAAGACACCAACCUUAGGUGCCCCAGGUUUGUUUGGAAAAAGCGCAAGUACAGGUGGCUUCCAGUUUGAAUUUCCUAUGUUUGGUGGUGGUAUCGGUUCUCCUUUUGGGCGCCAGGGUAGCGGAGAUGGCGUGAAAGUGGGGCCCGGUACUUUACUCGAAAGGAUGAGUGCGGGUGCCAGUACUUCUCCUAAGAGCGAAGAUAAGAACAAAUUAACCAAUGCGAUAAACAAUGACAUUUUCACAUAUUAUGGUCUGAGCAAUGAUAGUAGUGGAGGCUCUGCGAGUGUACAGAACACACCUCGUCUGAACGGUGGUAGUAGGGAUUUUACCUCAUCGCCUUCGGCGUCAUCAGUAUCACAGCAUGGGCCUGGUUCAUCUUGUGGAACAAGCCCUGAACCAAUGAAUUUGAAUGGAUCCAAUGAUCAGCAAAAUAAUUCAACCGAGGACGGAAUGGCAUGCGGAAACCCUCACAACCCUAUCCCGAAGGCGGCCCAGCUCAACAACUCUAGCGCACCCACACCAAACUCACUGGAUUGGUUAACACAACAGAACGGCGGCGGUUUCGAUCCGGUACUAUUCAACGACUACCGAGACCCCAUUAAUGAAAUCAAUGCCGGGAUCAACAUGAGCUUCUUCGAGGACGCGUUCCCGAUGACUACCAGCUUCGAAGGUAUCGAGUCACCGUUCGCCCUGAAGAAGGAUCUGGUAGCGGAGGCCGACCGUGCCGAAAAUGGAGACAAUGACGACGAUGAUGAGGAUGAGGUCGUCCCUGCCGAAGAUCCAAAGAAGAUGUUGAGUUGCAACAAAAUAUGGGACCACAUCAGCGCUCACCCGAAAUUUGCCAACGGGGAGUUAGAUAUGGAUACCUUAUGUUCUGAGCUCAGGAACAAGGCAAAGUGUUCGGAAACUGGGGUCGUAGUGGCAGAAAGCGAUGUUCGGGACGUCCUGACGAAAGUCGGGGUCCAAUCGAUAGAGUUUCAUUGA